AUGGAUGUUGAUUCUUCCAUGGUGGCGGAGAGCGAUCACGGUUCAGCGGUGCUGAGCAAUGAAGAGAGAGAGCAGAUAGGGGAGACGCCAUCGUCAUCUUCUUCUGGCGGUGGAUCUCCUGCAGAGCAACAACCGCAGCAGCAAGGUGCUGCUGCGGCUGCUCAGGUGCAGCACAGUCCGGUUGUUGGUCCGAGGCUUGCUCCGAGUUAUACAGUUGUGGAUGCGAUUUUGGAGAAGAAGGAUGAUGGACCUGGGCCACGGUGUGGUCAUACUUUGACGGCUGUGCCGGCGGUGGGUGAGGAUGGAACGCCUGGAUAUAUUGGUCCGAGACUGAUUUUAUUCGGGGGUGCGACUGCACUUGAAGGGAAUUCCGCUGGUUCAGGGACUCCUACUUCUGCAGGAAAUGCAGGCAUACGUUUAGCCGGUGCCACUGCUGACGUCCACUGUUAUGAUGUCUUGACUAAUAAAUGGUCUAGGAUAACUCCCUUUGGAGAGCCUCCAACCCCAAGGGCCGCACAUGUGGCCACUGCUGUGGGAACGAUGGUAGUUAUUCAGGGCGGCAUUGGUCCUGCUGGAUUAUCAGCAGAGGACCUUCAUGUUCUUGAUCUCACACAGCAACGACCAAGAUGGCAUAGAGUUGGUGUUCCAGGGCCUGGACCAGGGCCACGCUAUGGACACGUUAUGGCUUUGGUGGGGCAGAGGUAUCUCAUGGCAAUUGGAGGCAAUGAUGGAAAGAGACCUUUGGCUGAUGUAUGGGCCUUAGACACAGCUGCCAAGCCCUACGAAUGGCGCAAAUUGGAGCCAGAAGGAGAGGGUCCGCCUCCAUGCAUGUAUGCAACUGCAAGUGCACGUUCUGAUGGGCUUCUUCUGCUUUGUGGAGGGAGGGAUGCCAAUAGCGUUCCGUUGGCUAGUGCAUAUGGACUUGCUAAGCAUAGAGAUGGUCGUUGGGAAUGGGCAAUUGCCCCAGGUGUUUCACCAUCUUCAAGAUAUCAGCAUGCAGCGGUGUUUGUUAAUGCAAGACUCCAUGUCUCUGGUGGGGCUCUUGGUGGAGGACGGAUGGUAGAAGAUUCAUCUAGUGUUGCAGUGUUGGACACUGCUGCUGGUGUUUGGUGUGAUACAAAAUCUGUUGUUACCACUCCAAGAACGGGUAGAUACAGUGCUGAUGCAGCUGGUGGAGACGCCUCUGUUGAGUUGGUCCGGCGUUGCAGGCAUGCAGCUGCUGCUGUUGGUGACCUAAUUUUUAUUUAUGGUGGUUUACGUGGUGGAGUCUUGCUGGAUGACUUGCUUGUUGCGGAAGAUCUUGCUGCUGCGGAAACAACAAGUGCUGCUUCGCAUGCUGCUGCUGCAGCAGCUGCGUCUGAUGUACAAAUGGGACGAGCACCAGGAGGAUAUGGAUUUGUUGAUGAUAGAACAGGGCAAACAAUGUCUGAUGCGGCUGCUGAUGGUGCAGUUGUUUUGGGAAAUCCAGUUGCCCCCCCUGUAAAUGGUGACAUGUAUACUGAUAUCAGCACUGAAAAUGCAUUGCUUCAGGGAUCUAGGAGAACUAGCAAAGGAGUCGAGUAUCUGGUUGAAGCAUCUGCUGCAGAAGCUGAAGCUAUCAGUGCCACACUGGCUGCUGCCAAGGCGCGGCAAGAGAAUGGGGGCGUUGAAUCACCGGAUCGGGAUCGUGGCGCCGAGGCUACUCCUAGUGGGAAACAAAUAUCUUCCAUGAUUAAGCUUGAAUCUGCAGGGCCAAAUAGUAUUGCUUCUGGUGGAGUCAGGCUGCAUCACAGAGCUGUGGUUAUUGCCGCAGAGACUGGUGGGGCUUUAGGUGGAAUGGUUAGGCAGCUUUCGAUUGAUCAGUUUGAAAAUGAAGGUAGACGGGUCAGUUAUGGGACUCCAGAUAGUGCUACUGCUGCUAGAAAGUUAUUAGAUCGGCAGAUGUCUAUCAAUAGUGUCCCAAAGAAGGUCAUAGCACACCUCUUAAAGCCUCGUGGCUGGAAACCACCAGUUCGACGGCAGUUUUUCUUGGAUUGCAAUGAAAUUGCAGAUCUUUGUGAUAGUGCAGAGAGGAUAUUUUCUAGUGAACCAACUGUCAUACAGCUUAAGGCACCAAUUAAAAUAUUUGGUGAUUUACAUGGGCAGUUUGGGGAUCUCAUGCGCCUCUUUGAUGAGUAUGGUUCACCAUCAACUGCCGGUGACAUAGCAUAUAUCGAUUAUCUAUUCCUAGGAGAUUAUGUUGAUAGGGGCCAACACAGCCUGGAAACUAUAAGCCUUCUGCUUGCUUUGAAGGUUGAGUAUCCAAACAAUGUUCACUUAAUACGCGGAAAUCAUGAAGCUGCAGAUAUUAAUGCCCUUUUUGGUUUUCGAAUUGAGUGCAUUGAGAGGAUGGGUGAAAGAGAUGGAAUUUGGACAUGGCACCGGAUAAACCGUCUGUUUAACUGGCUUCCUCUUGCCGCUCUAAUUGAAAAAAAAAUUAUUUGCAUGCAUGGGGGUAUUGGCCGUUCAAUAAAUCACUUGGAACAAAUUGAGAAUAUUCAGCGUCCUAUUACAAUGGAAGCAGGAUCAAUUGUGUUGAUGGAUCUUUUAUGGUCUGAUCCUACCGAGAAUGACAGCGUGGAAGGUCUGCGACCAAAUGCUAGAGGUCCAGGGUUAGUUACUUUUGGGCCUGACCGUGUAAUGGAAUUUUGCAAUAACAAUGAUCUUCAGCUGAUUGUCCGUGCACAUGAAUGUGUGAUGGAUGGCUUUGAGCGUUUUGCCCAGGGACAUUUAAUCACCCUUUUCUCAGCUACAAAUUACUGUGGUACCGCAAAUAAUGCUGGAGCAAUAUUAGUUUUGGGGAGGGAUCUUGUGGUGGUUCCUAAACUGAUUCAUCCAUUACCACCUGCACUUUCUUCACCAGAAACAUCACCGGAACGUCAAAUUGAAGAUACUUGGAUGCAGGAGUUGAAUGCGAAUAGACCACCAACUCCAACUAGAGGUCGUCCUCCAGGAGCAAAUGACCGUGGUUCGCUGGCUUGGAUAUAG